UCAGCCCGCAGUGGCCACGGGGCCACCCCAAGGGGGGCUUUGCCAUGGACCAGUGGGUGCCAGAUGGGGUCCCAGUGCUCCCCAGCACCCGCGACGCCCCACACUUCGUGUCCCCCGGAGCCCCAUGGGCGUGCAGCGAUGUCGCAGUCGGCGCUGGGAUCCCCGGAGAGGGUAUGGGUGGAAAGGGGACAUCCAUGUCCCCCCGGCCCAGAGCUGGGGGUGCGAUGGGGACGCGAGGAUGCCAGCACCGUGACCCUGCCCCGGAUGCUGACGCUGUGCGAGCUGGCAGCGAAAGCGGCGAUUUCCCAACCAGUAGAAGCUGAGCCGCAAAGGAGACGAGACGGACCCCAAGGAGCCCCACCAACCGGUUGGGACGGUGAGGGCAGGGUUUGGGGGGCUCGGAGUGGGCUCAAGGAGGGGGGAUGUGGGGUUCAGGGCAUUUCCCUGCCUGCAGCCGUCACCUGUUGGCAGUGGGACAGCGAUGACGGGGCUUGCACAAGCCCAAGUGAUGAUGGCCACCUUCCCACAGCCCAGCACCAUGCUGCCACCGUGCCGGAUCCUGCCACCACCGCUGCUGCUGCUGCUGCUCGGCCCUGCCAUGCCGUGCUCCCCGCAGCCCAACGCCACCCGUUUUGUCUGCACAGAACCCACCCUGAGCACCUUCCCCAGCGGGCUGCCCACCACCACCUUGGCCAUCUCGGUGGAGUUCACAGCUCUGGCCACCCUGCUUCCCACCGCGCUGGCAGGGUUGCCCCAUCUGCAGGAGCUCCAUCUCUCCUCCAACCUCCUCAGCACCCUCCCCGAAGCUCUCCUGCACCCCGUGCCAACCCUGCGCGUCCUCGACCUGACCGACAAUGUCCUGGCUGACCUCCCGGCCAGCACCUUCACCAGCACCAUCCAUCUCCAGCACCUGGUGCUGCGGGGGAACCGGCUGCGGGCUCUGCAGCCUGCCUGGUUCCGGCACCUUCCGCAGCUGCAGUGGCUCGAUCUGGCUGCCAACGCCUUGACAGAGGUGCCACCGGAGGUUUUUUCCCCACUGUGUUCCCUACGUAGCCUGGAUCUGUCCCACAACCACCUGGCAUCCCUGGCACCGGGUGCGCUGGCCGGGCUACGGGCGCUGGAACGGCUCAACCUGGAGGGGAACGGUCUGGGCACGCUGCCACCCACCGCCUUCGCUCCCGUGCCUGCCCUGCGCUUCCUCUUCCUCCAGGAUAACGAGCUGCGGGCGCUGCCCUCCAACAUCUUCAUGCCCUUGCGUCAUCUCUGCGUCCUCGACCUGGCACGUAACCAGUUGCAGACACUGGAGCUGCCGCCCCGGUUCCCUGGUCCCGUGUUGGACCUCGAUAUCUCGGGCAACCCCUGGGCCUGCGAGUGUCGGCUGCUGUCACUGCUGCGACGCACAGCCCCGCAACUCGUGACCAGCCGUGACACCCUCUGUGCCAGCCCCGAGAGCCUCCGGGGAUGGGAGGUGGCCAUCGCCAGCCAGUCCGAAACCACAGGCUGUGAGCCCAAAGGUGACGAGAAGCAGCAGCUGGACCCCUAGGCAAAGGGCUUGGUGUCACCAUGGGUGACUGGGUGUCACCUCCCUCCCUGGCCCCAAACAAGAGGUGUUCUCUUGGGGAAACUGAGGCAGGAAGACAGGUGUGCAGCUGUCCCACAUCCCCAUCCCCAUCCUGCUGGGCAUCUGGCCCCGUCCCCACCCCACAACAGCACAAU